AUGAAUGAAGGUCUUUGGCAUUAUGUUGUUUUGGGUCAAAAUACUCAUAGAACUUCAACAAUAAGCAUGCUAGUGGAUUCCUCAUGUGAAAACUUUAAGCCAAGAAUUGCCAAAGUGGAAACCAUUUUUCCCAGGAACUUCUUGUCCAUAGAUUUUUACCCUAGUUUCAACAAGAUGCCACUCUUAACUCAAAGUGUAUUCACUUUCAUUUUGAAGGUGGAAGCUAUGGUGGAUAAGACCAUCUGUGCCUUGUCUACCGUGUUCAUUAGAUCAUCCGGAUCAACUUUCACAGAAGACAUUUUGCGGCUUCGGAAGGACUGGGGAUCAGCAUCACCCUGUGAUGAGUACCUCUCUCGGGGUGAAGUGCCGAAUUUUAUUACAGAUGACAAAUGA